AUGGCGCUGGAAGUACAGCCGCCCGACGGUCGCAAACGAGUCAAGGUCUACGAGCUGAGGGAUAAUGACUGGUUCGACCGCGGAACCGGUUUCUGCACGGGUCAGAUGAUGGGGGAGGAGCCUCGAAUAUUCGUCGAAUCCGAAGAUCAACCCAAUCGCGUCCUGCUUCAAACGAAAAUAGGCAAGGAUGAGGGCUACCAAAAACAGCAAGAGACUUUGAUCGUAUGGACAGAGCCGAAUGGCACGGAUAUGGCGCUGAGUUUCCAGGAGGCAGAGGGUUGUGCUGUUAUCUGGGACUUUGUCAAUGCCGUCCAACAACAUCUUCUCAGUUUGCCUACUGAUGAUGCCUUGUCCGACGACCUCGAAAGCUAUCAAUCCAUCGUGUUACCAGCCCCCGAAUUGGGCCAUCUCCCCGAGAUCGAACAAAUCGUAAGAGCCGCGAGUAUGACACAGAAUGGUCGAGAUGCGCUGUCUAAAUACAUCAUUCGCGACGAAUACAUUUCGAAGUUGGUCCCGUUAGUGGAAAUGGCCGAAGAUCUGGAAAGCUUGAUCGACCUGCACCGUCUCUGCAACAUUAUGAAGUCUCUUAUCCUUUUGAACGACAAUACCAUCAUCGAAACCGUUGUCGCCGAUCAUGUCAUUCUGGGGGUGGUGGGAGCUCUGGAAUAUGACCCCGAAUUCCCCACGCACAAGGCAAACCACCGACAAUAUCUCGCCGACAAGUCACGGUAUAAGGAAGUUGUUCCGAUCAAAGACCCGAUUAUUCGCCGCAAGAUUCGCAAUACUUGGAGGCUACAGUACCUCAAGGACGUGGUGCUGGCUCGGAUUCUGGACGACCCCACAUUCUCAGUGCUCAACUCGUUGAUCUUCUUCAAUCAGAUGGAAAUCGUGAACCACAUACAAGGGAAUGGCCCAUUCCUCCGAGAAUUGUUCUCGGUCUUUGACCCGAGGAAUAUGGACGCGAGGCGCAAGGAUGAUGCUGUGCAAUUCCUUCACCAGUGCGCGGGUAUUGCGAAGAACCUACAGGUCCAGUCACGGGCCCAAUUGUUCGCCAACUUCAUCAGCCAUGGCCUGUUCGCUGUGAUUGCCUUUGCUGUAAAGCACGUGAACCCGGCCAUGCGCACAACGGGCAUUGAUAUUCUUGUCGCUCUGCUGGACCACGACCCUGUCAUGAUGAGAGGGUACAUGUUGAAGGCCGUAAACGAGAAGAAGACCCCUCUCACUGACACAUUGAUCGAUCUUCUCCAUGUUGAAACAGACCUUGGUGUCAAAAACCAACUAGCAGAUGCCAUCAAGGUUCUCCUUGAUCCCCAGAUUCCCUUGCAGGACCCGCUUGGUCGGGCUGGUCCCGAUUACUUCAAAGUCCGCACUAACAACCUUCUUUCCGAUGCAUUUGUUCAACAGCAUUUCGAUGAGUCUUCUAAGCGGCUGUUCCAACCUCUUAAACAGCUUGCCAAUCGCGCAACCCUUAAUGAUUUGACAUUCCAAGAAGUGACCCUCUACUCGCAUCUUGUUGAUAUCCUCACCUUUUUCGUUCGCCAGCACCUCUUCCGUACGCGCAACUCUAUCCAAAGUGAAUCCCUCGCGCCUCAGGUUGCGCAGCUCCUGCGGGUACCUCAGAAACACCUGAAGCUGAUUGCCCUCAAAUUCUUCCGCACCCUGAUCAGUCUUCAAGAUACCUUCUACCAAGCUCUCAUGACACACAACAACACUUUUGGAUUGAUCCUCGACAUCGUCUAUGAAACAAUGCCACGCGACAACCUGCUCAACUCGGCCUGUCUUGAACUAUUUGAAUUUAUCAAGAAAGAAAACAUCAAGCCAUUCAUCACUCAUGUGGUCGAGAAAUAUCGCGAAAAGCUCGAAAGCAUCACCUAUGUCGAUACUUUCCAGAGCUUGAUUCUUCGAUAUGACCAAAUGCAAGGACAAGGAUACGGUGCUGAGGCUGACUCGGCGCUGUUCAGUCAAGAUGAAGGCAGCACUCCUCGACGGAUGCCCCUGAACGGCCAACGUUGGCAGGGUGUAAGAGAAAUGGACGCUGCUGAAGAUGAAUACUUCAACACAUCCGAUGACGAAGACGAGUGGUCUCAGGAUCGUGGAACUAUCGCUGUCGGGGCUCCAAACGGAUCUGCCUCUCCAGCUGUCAAGUCGUUGGUCGACUACCCAGACGACGACGACGAAGACAUCAUGGACACCAAACCCGAAAAUCCAGAGCAGACUGCCAAGACCCAGUCAGCGACUGGCCAAGACGCCCCCACAGAAGUCCCAUCGGCAUCACCGACAGCUCAAACUCCCCCACCAGAACGACUAGCAGAAAAGCGCCGACGUGAAGAAGAGGACGACGACGAGCUGAUUAAGCUCUCCGCUGGACCCAAACGCAGAAGCUCCACAAGCAGCAAUUCCGGCGCCGGGAUAUUGAAUCGGAAAAAGACCAUGUCUAUCGGAUCAAUGGCAGACAAGGGUGCCGCGCCAAUUCUAAGCAGUGUCACUGCUGCACCCAAGAGAAUCGCCAUCAAUAUCGGAUCAGCAACCAAAUCUCCCACAUCAGAAGGCGAUAACUGCACAAACAUCAUAAGCGAGAAUCAUGAAAAGGAGAACCGCGACGAGAGUCAAGGCAACGAAGGUGGAUAA